UGAGCUUGCUACAGGAGAGGAGAGAGGGAGAGGAGUGCGGCUGAAUGUGAACGACAUGUCGACAGUCAGCCUGUAAAGUGUUUUCUCGGUCGUUCCCUAAUUCUUUGGCGGCGGACUGAGUGAGUAUUACCCGCAUCCCUGCUCUGCUAAGCGUCGCUGUGUGGAUCAGAGAGGAGAGACAGACAAUGGGGAAUGCAAUUGGAUUGCGUUACUCUGCCAAGGAUUUCCAUACAUAGCCUGUGCGGUGAAGGGCUGAUGCCGGGCCGAAGCCCCAGGCUGCUGAGCUGAGUGGGAGAAGCAGGAGGAUGCAGUGGGUCACUCUGGCGGUGGCCCUGGGCUGUGUGUGUCUGUCCUGGGCGUCACACACACCCACCCCUACCCCCACCUCCACACACACCCCUCUGGUGGACAACUCCGAGGAGGAGGUGGACGAGCCGUGCUUCGAGCCCUGCACGUGCGAGGUCAAAGAAGGCGUGCUACACGUGCACUGCGAUGGGCGGAGCUUCACCAAUGUCAGCCAGGUGUCACAGUCAUGGGUCCGCCCUUUCAAACUCAACCUACAGAGGAACUCUCUGAGGCGUCUCUAUAGCAACGGGUUUCAGCACCUUGGCAACGCAGUGUCGAUAAACCUUGGCAACAAUGCACUCCAGGACAUCAAAGUGGGAGCUUUCAACGGGUUGGCCAAACUCAGACGCCUGUACCUCCACGAGAACAAGCUAGAGGUCUUCAGAAAUGAUACCUUUGCUGGCUUAGAGGCUCUGGAAUACCUCCAGGCCGACUACAACGUGAUCAAAAGAAUUGACAGCGGUGCUCUGAGGUUCCUCUACAAGCUCCGGGUUCUCAUCCUCAACGACAACCUGAUUCCUGUCUUGCCUGCUCAUCUGUUUAGAUCUGUGUCUCUGACUCAUUUGGACCUGCGGGGAAACCGUCUGAAGAGCCUGGCAUAUGCUGGGACCCUGGAGUAUGUCGGUCGCUCCCUAAUGGAGCUACAGCUGGAGGAGAAUCCCUGGAACUGUGGCUGCGAGGCCGUGCAGCUACAGCAGUGGCUGGGUCAGAUCCCUUACACGGCCGUAGUCGGGGACGUUACCUGCGAGUAUCCCUUCCACCUUCACGGGAAGGACCUGAGGGAAAUCCCCCGCAAGGAGCUGUGUGCUAACCUCCCGGAUAAAGAGCUACAAGCAGAAGGGGGUGGUGGUCCAUUAGCAGGAUCACAGCCCCAGCAUUUGCCCCCGAACUCUAAACCCAACUCCCAGCCGGGGCGGGUCAGGCCGACAAAACCCUCCUCCAUGGUCCAUGGCUCCCGCCAGAACACUCACACGUCCUCCACGUCUUCAUCCUCAUCCUCGGCAGAACGGAAAGACAGGGAGAGGCUACCGAGGCCGACUAAAAGGCCUCGGCCAUCCAGAAUAUCUCCCACACCCCGCAGUCUGAUACCCAACCAGAACCCCCCGGUGGCUGGCUACCAAACACGGCCUCCCAUCCCCAUCAUUUGUCCCCUGGGCUGCACUUGCAACCUGCACAUCUCGGACCUGGGCCUGACCGUCAACUGCAAGGAGAAUGGCUUCCUCAACGUGUCCCAGCUCACACCCCGGCCCCUCAACGGCCGCAAGCUGUACCUUAGUGGAAACUUAAUCCAGAGGAUUUAUCGCACAGACUUCUGGAAUUUCUCCAGUCUCGACCUGCUUCACCUGGGCAACAACCGCAUCUCCUACCUCCAGGAGGGCGCCUUCACCGGCCUCACAAGCCUGAGGAGCCUCUACUUGAACGGAAACAACCUGGAGAGGCUCAAUCCCCACAUGUUCCUCGGGCUGCAGAAUCUGAGGUUCCUUUAUUUUGAGUACAACGAGAUCCACCAAGUAGAUCCCGGGACCCUCGACUCCAUGCCGUCCCUCCAGCUGUUGUUCCUGAACGCCAACCUUCUGCGCAGCCUCCCUCUCGGCGUGUUUGCUGGAGUUAAUCUGGCUCGGCUCAAUCUACGAAACAACCACCUUCUGCACCUGCCUAUGGAGGGCGUGCUGGAGCAUCUCACCGGGCUGGUUCAGGUGGACCUGCAGCAGAACCCUUGGGAGUGCCACUGCGAAGCAGCUCCACUGAAGCGUUGGCUGGAGGGGCUCAGCGCUGUGGUGGUGGUGGGAGAGGUGGUCUGCCAUUCCCCAGACAAGACCAAAGGAGUGGACCUGCGCUCCCUCUCCAUGGAGCUGCUGUGCCCUGAGCUGGAGCCCCAGGAGGACCCGGAGCAGGAGGAGCAGACAGCCGCCGCCGCCACAGCAGCAGACAGCGGCGUGUCGGUUGGCUACCCCAGCUCGGGGCUGGGGCCCCUGAUCCCUCCGGGGAAGGAUUCAAUCCCUCUGUCGGUGUUAGUGCUCAGCCUGCUGGUGUUGUUUGUGUCUGCAUUCUUCGCGGCGGCGGCACUGAUCGCCUAUGCCCUGAGGAGGAGGGACAAGCUGCCGUUCCGUCGCCAGGGAGAGGUAGACUUGGCGGGCAUCCAGAUGGAGUGUGGAAUCUUCACCGAGCAGACCCAUCACCACCACCACCACCAUCACCACGGCCUCCCGGAGACGCCGCCGCCUCCUCCUCCUCCUCCUCCCCCCACCGAACACAGCCACGUGUACGACACCAUCUUGCCCCCAGAGGCCGUGUUGAAGGGCAGCAACCCCGCUGCAGCCCCGCACAUGUGUAGCAACCCCAUCUACAAAGAGGAGCCGGAUGCAGCCGCGAAACAACGGCCACAGCAGACGUUUGUUUCUCCCAAAGAGAGCAAGGGAGGGUACUGCUCCGCAGCAGAGAAGCAGAGGGAGUGGACUCGGGAAGUGUCCUCAUCGCCCCUCAGCACCGUCACGGGAGCGAUGGGGCCGCUCCCCGGCCUCCACGGGAACGGCAUCCUCUGCCCGACAGUGAUCGACAGCCAAGGCCCGACCCCUAAGGUCGAACUGGUGGACUGCCUCUUCAGACUGCCCGCCCCCGAGUUCAGAGAUCUGCCAGAUAGGUACGCGAGGCCACCGCCCUGCUACCCUCACCCCCAAGACUCCAAUCAGGACGCCAGACCCGACCAAACGAUUGUGGUCAGCGCCGCCGGCUCCGCUGUGGGCGUUAGUAACAGCAGCCAGAGCGAGCAGGGAGCAGGGGAGCAAAGAGCCAGGCUGAGGACCACACCGGACUACAUGGAGGUGCUGGACCGGUCUUACCAGUUUUAAACACUCCCCCCCUCUUCCUCCUCCUCCUCCUCCUCCUCCUCUUCUUCCUGCUUCUGUUGUCUCCUUAUCAUCUCCCUCAGUGGUGAUGAAUCAUACAGUAACAAUGACUCCCGUGGCUUUUAGAGGAGCCUGUGGGGGAGCAGGACCACACUACACACAUGUUUAUUCCUGGAUAACGAGUUGAGGUCAGUUUUUGUAUUUUCCCCACUACUGGCGUACAGGUUGGUAUUUGGCAAGGAUUCGCUGAUCCCAGAUCUCUGCCUGGAGGCAGAACUUCAGCUGCAACACUUACCGAUUUUGUUUUUCUCCCUCUAUUACGCCUCACAAUCAAAAUGUACAGAGGCUCCGUUUUUUUUCUACUCGGCGCCACAAUGAGCAGGAGACAGUGUGCCGGUGGUGGGCGUCUGUGUUCACAUUAUCAGCUCUUUGCAACAUCGAACACAGAGUCAUAAACUGCGAGAGUCAGAGGGUGUGGAGCAAACUGGGUGGACGCGCAAGAUGGAUAAAGAGAGCGAGAGGGAGAUAAAAGACUGAAAACAGCCAAGUGCCUUAGCAAUGAACAGCCAGCAGUGUGGUCAAUGCUUAUUUUUCUAUGAAUACAGAUCUAUUUAUCUAUAGAGGUUUGACUACCAACGGAUGGGACGCUGAUGGACGACUGAGACUGAAAGCAAUCAAAGCCGCCGAAUAAUUGCAUUCCCUGGAUGAGCCAAAAAUGAUAAUAUACCCAGUAAAUAUUGGAGUUGUUUGUAUGCAGUUCAGUUCAUUUUCAUCUCAUCCAGUUAACUUAAUUUGCUUAUCCAGUUGAUUUUCCCCUGAGCUAGAUGGGAUGACAUAUCCAGGAGUGGCUGAUUAAUAUGUGAAAUUAUGAAAAGAUUCGGGUUUUAAUGGAUGAAAGAAUACAGAAGUUAUUUUUUGUAAUGCAAGACAUAACAAAAGAAGGCCGACACACAGAAGGACAUUGUGGCAAUGGAUGCAUUUUGGAUUUCUUAAUCAGCCAGACUUAAGGAGGCCACAAGGACCUCCGCCUUCCGUUUUCUUUCAUUGGACAAAGGCACAGAGGUUGUUGUAUUGAUUUUUAAGUAUUUCUCAGAGGAAAUUUAAAUGGCAAAAAAACAAUGGACGUGAACUACAGGACCUGAAGGCAUUUUUUUUCUUCCGUCAAAAGAAGACGGACAGACACUUAAUUCAACUAUUGAUUAUUAUCUUUUACGGAGGUACCUUUUUAUGCUUUCAUCUCCUACCAAUAGUAGAGGCAGUUGUGAAUAUAUUUAUUCUUAGUUUUUGCGUGUUGAAGCUCUCCUGCAAAAGAUCAUGUUAUAUUAAUGUAUAGGAUGAUUCUGCAUCUGGUUCAGCCUUCUUACCGC